CCCACUUCAACCUUGCGAUCUCCGCUCAAGAGACAGUAAUUCGCGGUCAAGUGCCUAACAGCUCGACAUCAUUUCAUACAUUUCCCUCCUCGAGUCCUCCCCCGCCGCAGAAUGACAAGAUUCUGCGAACUCUUCUAAUCUGAAUUUCUCCCACCAAGGCUUCAUCAAGCCUUUCCGUCACAACCCACACACGACUCUGCCCCUCCGCAAAACGAAUCAUUGCUUUCAUUGCGCCAUCAUCACUGCUGGAUAAGCAUGGAGAGACUCUCUUUGAACGAUCCUCCCGCAGGCCCUCCGCGUGGAAAUACACCGCAGUCAUUCUCUCAGCAGAACAACAUGCUGGGACCCUCUGCACCGAUGAGACAGGGUCCCCCACAAUUACCCCCGCAGAUGUUCACUACAGCCGCUCAAUUGCUGGACUUGACAGAUAAGAAACUGGUUUUAGUGCUUCGCGACGGGAGAAAAUUGAUCGGCGUGCUCAGAAGUUGGGAUCAAUUCGCGAACCUUGUCCUCCAAGAUACCAUUGAACGACUCUAUGCAGGAAAUCUCUACGCCGAUAUUCCGCGAGGCAUAUUCCUUGUCCGGGGAGAGAAUGUGUUGCUUCUGGGUGAAAUUGAUCUCGACAAGGAAGACGAUAUUCCCCCUCAUCUCCAGAAAGCGCCCUUCCAAGAAGUAUUCGAAUUAAAGAAGAAGGAGGACAGCAAGCGAAAAAUCACGGACAAGAAGAGCCAUAACAAACUCCAAAGUCUUGGUUUCGAACCCGAGCACAGCGGGGAGAUCCUAUUUUAGCCGUUGACGUUGGAUCCGCUUAUGUUCGACCCCUCUGUGAAUGCGUCGUUUCGUACGACGGCAAGAAAAGACGCAAAAGAUCGUUCUGUAAGAAAUCAAGGGUUUCGUUAUAUCGACGGCCGAGAUC